AUUGUUUCAAUCAAUUGUAUAUAAAAUUUAGUGUUCAAACAGUUAUCUCUCAAAAAAUAAUAUAUCAUUCAAACUAUGUCUUUAAGCCUGUAUUGUCCGCACCGUUGGUUUCCAUGGGGUUGGGAGGUAAAGGACGGCCUAACCGGCGAUUGCUUGUGGCCAUCGAUAACCUGGUCUGACUGUAUGGACGACGACUGUCUGGACAACGACGGUAACGACGACGGCUGGGACUUACGAUUUAGUCGGCGACGUAUCGGCAGUCUAGACAUCAGUAACAAUGGCCGCAAGUUUACCGUCCGAGUGAAUUGUCGCCGUUUCCGGCCGGAAGAGAUUUCGGUAAAAACUGUUGGCCAGUGUCUGGUAAUUAAGGCCAAACAUCGGGAAUGGCGUCGGGCGUGCAGUCACGAGGGUUGGCUGGAAAAAGAGUUUUGCCAUAAAUAUGAUUUACCGGAUGGUGCGGACCCCCAGCGGGUGACCUCCCGUUUAGAUACGUGCGGUAUAUUGACUAUUGAGGCCCCCAUCGAUCGUAAGCCGACAACAACUGAUUGUAAACCAAUUAAAUGCUAAAAAAUAAAUAUUUCGAUAUUGGAUAACAAAAAAAACAACAACAAAUUUAAUCAAAAUCUAACUGGAU